AUGAGUAACCCAACAACACCUGCCUAUGCGAACCGAGAACUUUUGAAAUCCAUUGUGGAUUUCCUCUCUCGAACCACCACGGACAAUGAAGAGACUCAACUUGCUGUUCAAAUGCUCCGUAAUACCUAUUCGAUCGGACCUGUUGAGAAUAAUAAUACUAUUAAUUUGGAACAGGUUUGGAGGGCUGGAUGUGAGAAGUUGGAUAUUGUUGAUUAUUCGAUGGAUGAAAAGUUUAAAGCCUUCAUGAAGCAAUUGGAUUCAAUGGGUUACUUUAAGAAUACAUCAAACACUGAUACAUAUGAGAUGCGUUAUGAGAAGGCUAAAUUAAAAUUCCAAGAAAAGAUGAAGUCUCAUCAACAAACAACAACAGGUUCCGCUUCAUCAGCCGUCGAUGUUGAAAAAGCUGAGAAAGCCAAAGAAGAAGGUAAUGAAAAGUUGAAGAAUAAGGACUAUGAAGGAGCUAUUGAAUCAUACAGAAUUGCUAUGCAAUAUAACCCACAAAAUCAUAUUUAUCCAAGCAAUAUGGCUGCUGCUUACAUUAGCUUAGGUCAAUACGAGAAAGCUCUCAAAUGUUGUGAACAAUCAAUCAAAUUGAAUGAUACCUAUGUCAAGGCCUAUCAAAGACUUGCUCAAUGCCAAGCAAAAUUGAACAAAAAGAAGGAAGCCAUCAAAACCUACGAAAAAUUGAUCGAUUUGAAUCCAGAAUCUGCAACUGAAUAUGCUGCUAAAAUUGAACAGCUUUCUUCAACAUCAUCAACCUCUGCAAGUAAUCCAUUCGCUGGCCUUGGAGGUCUCGGUGGACUUGGAGGUGGAAUGCCAAAUUUGGGCGGCCUUUCUGAAAUGUUGAACAAUCCACAAUUUAUGCAAAUGGCCAUGAACAUGAUGCAACAACCAGGAAUGCAAGAAAUGGUCUCAAACAUGAUGAGAAAUAUGGGAGGAUCAGGAGGACUUUUUGGAAACAUGCCCGGAAUGGAUGGUGCCAAUAUGGACGAGCAACAACGAGCUGUAAUGUCACAAAUUUUGGAAGAACCAGAAGUUCAACAAAGCGAAAAGCUUACUAGAAUUUUCACCGAAGUUCGUGACAAUGGCCCACAAACACUCAUGCAACACAUGUCUGAUCCAGAGGUUUCUGCUUUUAUGCAAAGAUAUGCUACAAAGAUGUUAGGUUCUGGAAACCCAUUCGCAAACAUAUUUGGAAGUGCUGCAAAUCAACCAAGGAGAGACGAUGACAAUGAUGGAGGAAACAGCAACAUGUAUGCUUAA